AUGAGGUUGUCGUGGGCUGGGCAGGCCGUCCUUUCUGGCCUGGUGGCCAUUGUGACGGCCGACGUCUUGCCGCCCGACGACAUACCUCUCAUGUGCGUCACCAUCUGCGGUCCAAUCGUCGAGCUCACCUCGAAAUGCGACGUUCACGGGCAGCGGCUCUUGAAGCGAACAACACCGUGGGUUCCAAAGCUGGCCGUGGAACCCCUGGAGGAGGAGGAGCCCGUACUGGUUGAGCCAAGGCAAGAUGGCGAGGGGAUUGAGAAGAGGAGUUUUUCCAUCAUCAGGGCUGCACCGACUUCGUUCCCCUUUGAGCUCACAGCAACGGCGCCUCUUGAAGAAGCCCAGCCAAGCACAAGCUCCAUGUGGAGCGUCGAAACCGCAGCCGACCAAGUUGCGACACUAUCGACCCGAACGUCGACCACAACCUCCUCGUCAAGAUCUACUACAACAACCGUUUCUCUACCCACAAGAUCAGUGCUCCACGAGACGGUUGCAACGACAAGUAGCGCUGGGUGGAGCGGCGGCGAGCAAACAGGGCAGCUGUACUCGCACAAGGACCCUGAGCAGGAAUGCGUGUGUAACAAUGAGAGCUUUGACGUGGCCAAGAUUGCGGCGCUGUGCCAUGACUGCAUCGUCGUGGACGGGCACAAGCAAAAUAACAUGGACAUGAUCAUGAAGGCUUGCAACUUUACCGAGCUCUCUUACAGCAUCAACAAUGACAGCGCUGCGGAUAACAUCCGCGUUGAGGCAACGAGACCAACUGCUUUGGCCUCUACUGAAGCUCCCAGUACAAAUACAGGAGUUGGGGUUGAGCCUGAUACUAGACGUCAAGUCAUGAUUGUGGGUCUACUCUUGAGUUUGGCAUUGGCGAUUUGA